AGGAGGCCCAGGAUAAAUGGUUUGGUCGUUUGAUUGGUGGGGCGUUGGAGGUACUGCUGACUACUGUCACGGGAUGAGUGGAAUAUUAGAAUCUGGCAGGGAAUUCAGGAAUUGGUGCGCACUGAAGAUUAGAGAGAAUGCCAUAAGUUACUUUCUGCGGUAAGUACGUAAUAUUGAAUUUGAGAGCUGCAGAGCCUUGAUAGCACACCAUGAACUCCUCCAUCUCGCAGCUGCUGUCUCUCGAGAAAGCCAAGGAUCUUGUGGAUUCCACCCAAGCUUUUCUCUUCGAUUGCGAUGGUGUCAUUUGGAAGGGCGACAAGCUUAUCGAUGGCGUCCCUCGCACUCUUGACUUUCUUCGAUCAAAGGGCAAGAAGCUGGUGUUCGUCACAAACAACUCCACAAAAUCAAGGAAGCAAUACGCCAACAAGUUCCUUUCCCUUGGCAUUUCAGUUUCCGAGGAGGAGAUAUUCUCUUCAUCCUUUGCUGCCGCAAUGUACUUGCAACUCAUUAACUUUCCCCAACACAAGAAGGUUUAUGUAAUAGGUGAACAGGGCAUUUUAGAAGAGCUGCAGCUUGCUGGCUUUACCGCUCUUGGCGGCCCUGAAGAUGGUAAAAAGACUGUACAGCUGAAAUCAAAUUGCCUCUUUGAACAUGAUAAAAGUGUUGGAGCAGUUGUUGUUGGUCUUGACCAGUAUAUCAACUAUUACAAACUUCAGUAUGGAACCCUUUGUAUACGUGAAAAUCCGGGAUGCCUUUUCAUUGCAACCAAUCGUGAUGCAGUUGGACACAUGACUGACUUACAAGAAUGGCCUGGUGCUGGGUGUAUGGUAGCUGCUAUCUGUGGAACCACCCAGAAGGAGCCUAUUGUAGUUGGAAAGCCAUCCACUUUCCUAAUGGACUUUUUACUAAAGAAAUUCGACAUUAGUUGCUCCAAAAUGUGUAUGGUGGGUGAUAGAUUAGAUACUGAUAUAUUAUUUGGACAGAAUGCUGGGUGCAAAACACUGCUCGUUCUUUCAGGUGUUACAACUCUUUCUGCUCUUCAAGAUGCUUCAAAUAAGACGCAUCCAGAUUACUAUACAAACAAGUUGUCGGACAUCUUUGAGAUGUUGCAACCAUAACUUCAUCAGUUGUCUAUGGACAUUCUUUGAGGCCAAAGUUUAGAUCAUGCUGGGCCUCCAAUGUAUUGUAUGUUUUUUCCAUAAUACAUCUUGACUGCUAUUCAUCUGCGUCAAAGAUAAAAGAAAAACCUAGAUACUU